AUGUCGCAGGACACGGGUCUGUGGUCCGUCCGUAGACCUCGCGAGACCCUGGGCGGCAUCACCAACAACACAGCAAUCCCUCAACCUGGCUCGACCAUGAAGCGAUCGAGCAGCACCAACUUUGCUGGCCGCUCCGUGUCGGGCUCGCGACAAUCUCUCGCGAUGUCGCGACCGAGCCAGCCGCGCUUCUCGAUCGGCGGCGACUACAGCGCCAACAAACGCCAGUCGUAUCAGCCAAAGGGAAGCUUCACCCCGGCUGCCGCGACUCGCGAUGUCGACAGACGAAGCAGUGUAUACCACCCGCGUCAAUCAAGGGACGCGCCGGUCAGCGGCCAGAGUUUUUUUCAAGCGACGCCCCAAGCAGCUGGGGUACCGAGAGAUCCCCGCCCAUUGAGAGAUCGCUCCUACCAGGCGCGCCUGGGUCAGGAGUUGAUGGAGUACAUGACGCACCACAACUUUGAGCUGGAGAUGAAGCACGUUCUCUCGGCCAACGUCAUGAAGUCGCCCACGCAAAAGGACUUUAAUUACAUGUUCCAAUGGCUGUAUCACCGCAUCGACCCGAGCCACCGCUUCCAAAAGAACAUUGACCAGGAAGUCCCGCCGAUAUUGAAGCAACUACGGUACCCGUUCGAACGGAGCAUCACAAAGAGCCAGAUCGCCGCAGUCGGUGGACAGAACUGGUACACAUUCCUGGGGCUGCUCCACUGGAUGAUGCAGCUGGCGCAGAUGCUGGAUGGGUUUGCUGCUGGGCGGUACGACGAUGCUUGUAUGGAGAGCGGCGUCGACGUCAGCGGCGAUCGCAUCAUUUUCCACUUUUUGAGCACGGCGUAUAAGGACUGGCUGGCUAUGGAUGAAGAUAUGGGAGACGAGGAGGCGGAGCGUGUGCUGGCGCCGCACGUGGCGGACAUGGCGGUGGCCUUUCAGGAGAGCAACUCCAAGUACACGUCUGAACUUGAGAUGCUGGAAGCCGAGAAUGCGCGGUUGCUCAAGGAGAUUGAGGACCUGCAAAAGGCGACGCCCGACCCUGCUGUGCUCGACAACCACUUCAAAAUCAUGGAGGAGGACAAGGCAAAGUUUGAAGAGUACAACCACCUGGCCAUGCAGCGCACCGACAAAUACGAGAACCGGAUACAGGUCCUCGAGGAGGAACUGGAGAAGCUCAAUGCUGAGGUAUCGGAAGCCGAGGACGAGAGACGGAGUCUACAGAAAUCGGUGGACGCUCAGGGAAUCAGCAUGCAGGAUAUCGACCGCAUGAAUUCCGAGCGCGAGCGAUUGCAAAAGGGCAUUGAGUCGGCCAGCCAGCGUCUGGAGGAGGUCAAGAAGAAGGCAUCUGACAGAGAGGCCGAAGCGGGCCGCAAGCUGGAGGAGCUGGAGCGCACAGUGGAUCGGUACAACACAGUCGCGUACCAGAUUGCCCUGAUACCCUCGACCGCUGCCAAUGCGCACGGACAAGACUACGAGCUCCAGAUCCAGGUCAGCGACAACUCGGAUUUUACAUCAUCGAAUUUCAAAACCUCGGUCAACGCAGCAUCGACAGGGCGGCUCUUGGAGGACCCCACCACUGGAUAUCAGCCUGGCCACAUUCUGAACCUAGAUCUUCGCGGGUCCAUCCGCAAUCACUUCAUCUCGCUGCGCAAGGAAAUAUCCGAGCGAAGAAGCGCUGCGAUGGAGGAUAUGAUGAAAGAUCACGACCUGUUGGAUGGCAUCAAGGAAGCGAUUGAGGACAAGCGUAGCGAGGUCGAAGCGCUCAACCACCGUGUCCGCGCGGCCGAACAAGAGUGGGAGAAGACCAAAGAGGUGACCCAGGCGCAGAAGCUCAACUCGGAUGCGCAAAUUGAGAAGAUUGAGAAAGAACUGUCGCAGAUGCGGGCGGGUCUGAGUGAGGGUGUGCAGCUGUUGGAGCAGCGGGAGAUCAACACCACGAUUGAGUACGAGCAGCUGGUACUGCGGGCCAACUCACUCCGAGAGGAGCUCCAUACAGAGAUUGACCGCAUGCUGAACGACGUGAUCAAGUUCAAGAUUCAUGUGCAGAAGGGCCUGGACGACUACGAGGGCUUUGUGACGGAGGAGCUCGAGGGGGAGCUGGGUGCUGACGAGGGUACCGUGAGGCUCGACGAAGAGCUGUGA